CAUAUAAAUUCAUGAUGUUUUGUAAAAGACAAGAUCAAUAGAUUUUCUUCUGAUUUAUAUUAAUAUUUAAAAGCAAGCCUAACAAAAGCAUUCAGUACAACUUUGGUUUUAAAAGUUAAUGCUGCGAUGUCGAGCAAUUCUUUAGUGAGUAUUUUCAAAAGGAUUCAACAUUAUGGUAAAGUCUUUUACCUUUCAAUUGGCCGAGAUAUCAAGGGCUCACGAUUAUUGGUUUCGAUGCAAGCGUAUGCUUGGAAAAUGAAAAGAUCAAAUGCUACAGUUGUUACCCAAUUUAAUCAUGUGGUCAGUGCUAAUAAAAACAAGCCAGCUAUAAUCUGUCAAGAUAAAGUAUGGACUUUUCAAGAUCUUGAUUCAUUUUCAAAUAAAAUUGCUCAAACCUUUGUGUCAUCUGGUUACAAACCUGGAGAUGAAGUUGCACUAUUAAUGGACAAUAAGCCUGAAUUUGUUGGUAUAUGGCUAGGUGCAGCAAAAGCAGGCUUGAUAACAGCUUUACUCAAUACAAAUCUUAAAUCAUCGACACUUUUACAUUCAAUUAGUGUUAUUAAAACUCGUGCUUUAAUAUAUGACUCCAUUUUUGAAUCAGUGGUUCAAGAUUUACAGAAGAUACUUCCAUCAGAUAAAACAAUUCAAUUUUACCGCUAUGAUGAAAAUGGAAAAAAGGUUGAUGAGAAAAACACAAAAGCCAAAUCACUUAUCCCGUUGAUUGAAGCAUCAGCUGAUCGUCCCGUUAAUUACAUUGGACAAGUGAAAAAUCGUCUGUUAUACAUUUAUACAUCGGGCACAACUGGAUUUCCAAAGGCUGCUAUCAUAACUCAUGGACAAUUUUGUCUGUUUGGACACACUAUUCAAAAACUCACCUCGAUGACUUCAAAAGAUGUACUUUAUAUCCCGUUGCCUCUCUAUCACUUUGCUGGUGGUGUUUUAGGGAUCAGUAAUUGUCUUAUUUAUGGUACAACGACUGCUUUAAGGAACAAAUUUUCAGUCAAACAUUUCUGGGACGAUUGUAAGAAGUACAACUGUACUGUUGCUCAAUAUAUUGGUGAGACUGUUCGUUAUCUGCUUGCUCAACCACCAAGUGCCAAAGAUCGCGAUCACAAUGUUCGUUGUGUUUAUGGUAAUGGUUUUAGACCUACAUUCUGGGUGGAAUUCAAGGAAAGAUUUGGUAUCCCGAAUGUAAUUGAAAUCUAUGGUUCUACUGAAGGUGUUGCUAGAAGUGCAAAUGUUAAUAGCCAUAAUGGAGCUUGUGGUUUCAUACCUUCUUGGAUUCCUACAUGGUUAUUGACUAAAUUUUUCCCGAUUAUGUUGAUUCAUAUAGAUCAAGAAACAGGAGAACCUAUUCGUAAUGAAAAAGGCUUGUGUGUUGCUUGUGAACCUGGUGAAGUUGGACAAGUAGUUGCAAAGGUUGAUAAACGUGAUUUGACCAAAACAUUUGCAGGGUAUACUGAUAAAGAAGCAACACGAAGUAAGAUCUUAAAAGACGUUUUUCGAAAGGGCGAUUCAUAUUAUGCAUCGGGUGAUUUAUUGGUUCGAGAUGAACUAGGAUAUCUUUAUUUUGUUGAUAGAACUGGCGAUACUUUUAGAUGGAAAGGUGAAAAUGUUUCCACAGGUGAAGUUGAAGCAGUUAUUGGAUCCAUCACAAAUCAUGCAGAUACAGUUGUCUAUGGUGUCCUUGUACCAGGUAACGAGGGUAGAGCUGGAAUGGUUGCUAUAAGAGAUACAACUGGAUCUCUUGACUUAAAAGAUUUACUAAUUAAAAUGAAGAAAGAGUUACCACAAUAUGCUAUUCCAAUUUUUAUACGAUUAACUGCUGAUAUCGAGGUAACUUCAACAUUUAAAAUGCCAAAAUUUACACUUAAAAAAGAGAGUUAUGACAUAAAUUUGGUGAACGAUCCAAUUUUCGUGUUGGAUUGGAAAAACGAAGAGUACAAAAAACUAGACAAAGAAACUUAUAAUAAGAUAAUCAAUGGUGAAUAUAAGUUUUGAAUCGCUGACUUUCUGUAAAAUGAAUUAUAGACAUCAAAUCGAUACUCAAAAUCUAAAGAAUCACUGCGAAAUUCAUGAUGGCAUCUUUUCAAUAUUGAUUGCUUAAUCUUUUUGUAACUAUCAAUACUUUAUUUCAUUUACACCAUGAGCUAUUUCGUAACUCAAUACUUAUCGUUUUAAAUCCCUUCCAUUUAUAUAUUAUCGAAAAACGAUCGUUUAUGUUAUCAAUAAAUAUAUAAAUUCAUGAUGUUCUGUAAAAAACAAGAUCAAGAGAUUUCUUUCUGAUUUAUCUGGGUAUUAAAGUAAACCAAACAAAAGCA